UAUUUCAAUAAUGACUACCAAGUAAGAUAUCCCGGGUUAGUUCAGUGGAUGUCCGUUCUCUAGUCCGAUUAUCAGAAAUAAGGUAGCCAUUAUUAUUGCUCCCCAAAACUCCUUUUUCGAACCCAGCCUGUACCAUUUUUACGUUUGUUUCUUUUUUGCCUUUUUUGCGCGUAAAUGUACGUCUGCCUAUUAUCAAGGUGAAAGCAGCUCGAGAGCUUUUGCACCCUACGUAAGCCGAUACCUGACCCAAAGCCACUUUUCGCUCGUCUAUUACCUCAAAUCAAUUCUACUACUCUAUAACACCAUCUUCUCACUUCACUAGCUCUCCAUCUCGCAAUGGAUCCCUUCUGCAACCGCAAAAUCAUCACCAUGCUCGAAGGUGACGAUACCUACCACGCCACCAUCACCUCCAUCAUGGCCGAAGGCGACGAGAUCUACAACGCGCUGCGCGGAGCAUUCUUCGGCAAGAUCGGUCCAGGCCUCAGCAUUAUCAUCUACCACCCCACGCGCGACGAGAAAGUGAGGCUGCAUUACCCUAGCCUCAAGGAAGGCCAAACGUACCGCAUCGCAACCGCCACUGAGCGCCAGCAGGGUGUGGGAUCAGCAGCCUCUGGAGGCACCCAAAAGACCUUGAGGCACAUCGCGGUCAUCCAAGAGCACUGGAAGCUCGCCGACGCCAGCCAUAUUGUUCCCUACGAGAUAGCGCCACGCCUGCCCGACGAGCUGGGACGACUGCCCAUUGCGUCCAUGGGCGAGGGCGGUGUGCUGCAAGAUCCUCACCUCUGGCCUGCGCGAUUGGCUGACGAGCUGCGCAAAUUGAGUGGCAGGAGCGUGGAUAGGCAGGCGGUGGCCAUUCAGUACCUCACUGCUGCAGUGCAGGCUAGACAUGAGAGGGAUGAUAGUGGGCUGUGGCAGAUGACGAGCGGCGAUAUCAAGGAUGCCGUGAGGAGGAUGACGGAGUCGAUUGCGGACCAGGCAUAUGGUGAGCUGCCGGAGGAAAAGGCAUACACAGAGACGUAUGCUGGUGGACUGGCGGAGGCGGCUAUGCAAGCGUUGGACGAGGCAGAUGGCGAGAGUGCGAACAUGGGAUCUGGGUACGAGCAAGAUGGAAAGUUUACGAUCAGUAUGCGCUAGAGGCGGAUAACAGGACGGCACAACGGUCGUCGAACGUGUCUUUCAUUGCUUCAUGGAUACAGCGUGGGCUCUUUUUCAAACCAAGUUCUUUCUCAUUUCCUCCAUCUUUGCCAAAACUUCCAUCCUACUUUCUCACUCCCUUCUCCCUGACUUCGGAACCUGCUCUUCUCUUUGCUUCUUCGUCUGCCCACCCAUGCAAACCAGA